AUGCUGCAUGCAGAGUCCAGGCCUUUGCUGCAUAUUUGGAAAACUGUAAUUCUGGGCCAGAUGCUCUCCUUGUUUAUCUGUGGGACUGCUGUUACAAGCCAGUACCUGGCAGACAAAUACCAAGUGAAUACUCCAAUGUUGCAAAGUUUCAUCAACUAUUUUUUGCUGCUUCUAGUUUAUACAACAAUGCUGGUAUUUAGGACUGGCAAUGACAAUCUCUGGCAGAUUUUGAAACAGAGGUGGUGGAAGUAUAUUAUUUUGGGACUGGCUGAUGUUGAAGCCAAUUACACGAUUGUAAAAGCCUACCAAUAUACAACCCUCACAAGUGUGCAGCUCCUCGACUGUUUCGGGAUUCCCGUGCUGAUGGCUUUGUCCUGGUUCCUUCUCCGAGCAAGAUACAGACUGAUACAUUUUGUUGCUGUUGCCAUCUGUUUGCUGGGUGUGGGAAUAAUGGUGGGUGCAGACAUUUUGUCAGGGAGGGAGGAAGGUGAAGGUAGUGACGUGGUGAUUGGAGAUGUCUUAGUGCUUCUUGCUGCUUCUUUGUAUGCCAUUUCUAAUGUGGGUGAGGAAUACAUUGUGAAAAAUCUGAGCAGAGUGGAGUUUCUAGGAAUGGUGGGCUUGUUUGGGACUAUUAUCAGCGGUCUACAGCUAGCCAUUGUGGAACAUAAAGAGAUAAUGAAAAUUCAGUGGAACUGGAAAAUUGCGCUACUGUUCGUAGCCUUUGCCCUGUGCAUGUUUGGGCUGUACAACUUCAUGCCAGUUGUGAUUAAAGUUACCAGCGCAACCACUGUCAACCUGGGGGUUCUGACUUCAGAUCUCUACAGUCUCUUCCUUGGGCUUUACCUGUUUUAUUACAAGUUUUCAGGUCUUUACAUCGUGUCCUUUGCUAUCAUCAUGGUGGGCUUCACCUUGUACUGCUCUGCUCCCACUCACACGGCAGAACCCGCGGCCCCGCCGCAGCCCAGCAGCUCCGGCCUGGACAACGCGGCGCUAAAGCUGGAGGAGAGCGACGGCGAAACCCCAGCCGUGGCUGUGCAGUUCACCGGAGGAGAAACUGUGGUGCUCAGCACCAGUUAAAGAAAU